CUUCAGAUUCAGAUCAGCUGUGACGCUCGAUCGCAUUGUGAACUUCCGUUCGCUUUGCUUGUGCCAGUUCUCGUUUGAAAAACCACUGCAUUUCUACGAAGUUGCCACUCCAAAGUACUACAUCAUGGUGCGCCUGAUGCUGUACCCGCUCUUCAGCGACGUGGAAGACCUGUUCUCUCCUCUCAAUGUUAUGGACCAGCUGAGCGACGCGAUGCGGUCCGCUGUGCGUCAGGCGGACAGGAAAACGAAGCCGAUGACUUCGGAUCGCAGUUCGAGCUGCUUUUGUCUCCACGGCUCCGCGCGCUCCGGCAGCCCUCGGAAGCGUGCACUGAACCUCGGUGAAGAGGACACGCGAAGCGACUCGCCAGACGACUCCAAGUUCGUUGUCAACUGCAACGUCCGCGGCUACAAUCCCGAAGAGAUAUCCGUCAAGGCGGUCGACGACUGCAUCGAGGUGAGCGCGAAUCACGAGGAAGAAAGCGAGGAUGGCUACGUGAAGCGCCAGUUCACCCGGCGGUUCACCCUGCCCGAAGGAGUGAAAGCCGAGACCGUCACCUGCGCCCUGUCGUCGUCCGGCGUGCUGGCCAUCGAAGCGCCCAAGCCGGAGCCUCCCAGCAAGAAGCCGAGGACGAUUCCGAUCGCAGUCGAGUCGUCGAAGCCGAUCGCGGCGCCGGCCGAUCAUAAGGAUCAGGCUGAAAAACCGGAAGAAGGCACCACCGAAGCUGCACCGGCGUCGUGAUCGAAGCUAGAGAACAUUCCUGCGUUUUGUAUAUUGUUGUCAUCCUUAGGAUCAUGUCUUUCCGUUCGUAAAGUGCGUUCAGUACAUUCCACAACUCCACCAUAACGUAUCUUGCGAAGUAAAAUAAACGGGUAUUUUAUCCCAAAUU